UUCCACGUUGAUAAUCAUAGUCAAAUUGUUUUCCAAUGGUAUAGUGUAUUUAUACCAUAAACAAUUCUGACCUAAUGCUUAUCUUGAUGACGACCAUCAUUUGGCAAGCUUAUUAAAUCCAUAUAAGGAUUAAUCAUAGCUUCAUUUUCUUUGCCCUCGUGGCAUAGGAAACAUCAAGUCCUAAAUCACAUACAUAAUAAACAAAUUAUUAUGUCUUCACAAGCAUCUUAGGAAUUAGAAUUCCUUAUCACUUAUGGCUUACUCGUAAUGCAGUCCUUUAAACGUGCAUUAACCAAAUUUCAUCUCCAACUCGUUGGAGGUAUACUCUUUCAAACUAUGUCCAACAUACUAUGAACAUAACGUUUGCAACCAUUCCGACUUAGAUAGACUUGACUCACAAGUCCCCACUUGCCACGCGCCAUAGGUUUUACACAUCUAUGAUUUUUCAUAUUCUCCCACUAGAUAGUUUACUACUAUCAAAACCACCUUUACUUAUAGUCCACGAAGGGCUAUCAUAAGUUCUUCUAUCCUCUCAUGCAUCACUUUGAAUGAAAAAUGUCCAAAUUAAAUUGGUACAAUAAUCAUUCAUCCGUGCCACAUAAAUGAAUUGGACCAAUGCAAUGAAAGCAUUAAAACUUUGUGGUUAAUUUUGGAACCAAACAAACUCAUAAGGUUUUAUCCAUCUAAUUUUCCACUUGGGAGAUAAGAACAUUUGUCCUUCAUUCAUCAUGUAAAUACAUGAAUUACAUAGGUACACAUACUAAUACCAUAUGUAUAUAUACACACAUACAUAUGUCUACUCCUCAAAGGAGAUUACAAUACAUAUACAAGAAUCCUAAGGAUUCUUGGGGUCGAAGUCAGGAUCAGAGAGACAUUCAUCAGUCUCUAUGUCGAAGUACUCCUCCUCGUUCUCCGAUUGCUCAACUUCCUCUUCUUCCCCCAUUUUGUUUCAACUUACUCCAAACAACUUGGUCACAUUAACCAAAGUGUUGCAUCUUUCAAAUGAUCAAAAUUGAAACUCACAAAUUUUAUGAAAAAUUUGUUUCUAAAAAUUUAACGUGAAUUCUUUCAAAUUCAAACUAAUUGAUUUUUUUUUCUUGAACUCUUCUCAUAAUAUGAAUUAUGAUUCGUUCUCAUUCUAAAAUACUACACAAGUAUUCAACAACACUAAUCAAAUCAAAUUGGUUAAUCAAAUCAAAUUGGUUAACCAUUCGGUUGUAAGUUCCAUGUCUGGCACAUAAAGUCCACGAUGAAACGUACUGCAACCUUUCUUUCCACAUGAGCAAGCCAACACAAUUAUGAGGCAUGGAGGACAUACUAUGCAUGCAUUGAACUCAUACGCAACUCUGAAUGGCCAAUUACAAUUCUUAAUCUUAUGUGUUUGCUUGUGCUGCAAGAAAAUAGUAUACGUGAACAAUUUCCCCAACAAUCUUAAAGAAUCUUAUUCCCCUCAAGUACCCAAGGUUAUGGAAUGAUUCCUCCCAGGAUAGAAAGGACGUACCUUUUCCGGCGUAGCGGUACCUCAAACCCCGGAACUCAUCGAACGCAGCGAACCGGCGAGAACCACACUUGACUCGUUUUUCUCUUUGAAAAAGAAUGAAGAAUACUAGUUUUGGAUUUUGACAGAAUUUUGGUACCGGGAAAAACCGAUGUAAAAAACCUUAGGGGGUUAGGUGCUAUUUAUACAAAAUGAAGGGGUGCGUACGAAGGGAGGCGACUCUUCAAAUGGGUGGUUACACCCCAACCAACACAUUGGUUCACGUUUGAAAUAAUGAACCAUUGCAUCGGUUCGGCCCAUGGUAGUUGGACCGGUUUGGUUAUUCCAACAGCCACAUCGAUUCGGUUCGAUUUGGUUCAACUCGGUUUGGUUUGGUUCGUUUGGCACACAAACCAAUUUAACCGAUUAACCACAUAUUACAUCAAAUCGAUCGAAUUCGAGUUCGUGCCUUCCCACAUCUUACCAACAUGGUAGUUCAAGAGACUCUCUUGAAACUUUCCCCUUUUAUUUCCAUUCACACCACUAAAAAUCCCAACAGAUUUCAUCGCGGAGCAUUUCCUGGGUUUGGGAGAAAAGGGGCACUAGAAAUGUAAGCUUGGAAAUCAGUUUGUGGCAAUGGGGUUGAAGUGGGACCAUCUCUGAACCUAGAUCUUGCCUGCUAAGGCAAGGUAAAAAAAAUAUGAUUACUAUUUCCUCACAAACUAUCCUCUGUGACUGUCGUGAUUGUUGUUUGGGCUUGUGGUGGUUAAUUUUUGACCGGCGAAGAAAGAAUUUUAUUGGGGUUCUACGAAGAGAGGAUUAUUGAUUCUCCAUCUUUCUUUUCUAGAAUCCUGUUUCAGGUGGAAUUUCGCGUGAUCAAUGCACUCUGACUUCAAGAAAACGGAAAACGAUGACCUCUUCAAACACUGUUCAAACGAGGGUGUUCGAUGCAUACAUCAAAGGAACUGGCUACUUUUACCUCUACUCCUAUGGAGAUUCCUUGAGAGCUCCGCAACUACUGACUACAACUAACAGAGAAGCCUCGUUGGAGGGUCCCUGGUGCUACUGCUACGGUUACUGUUCUAGAGAGAAAAGAUAAAUUUUGACGAGACUUGUUGUGGUAUGAUUUGUCUGUCCCUCCUCCAGAGUCUUGCUGCCAGUUUUGUUGUGCCUCACCCUCUAACCGCCUUCUCUCUCUCUCUUCCCAAAAAUCAACUCCACGUAGCAUCCAGUAACUUCCACGAGCGUUCUUUGCAAGUCAAGUGUUGCCUUUGGUAACCACCUCGACACGUCAUCAUGUCACUUGACCAUUGGACGGUCACCGUACACAAAACAAGUUGGAUGGUAUCCAUGUUGACUAAGACAACAGUCCACUCCAUGGGUGGUACUCAUAUUAAAUGGUCACCAUACCCCAGCAUCAUCCAUUAGGGUUUGGACGGUAUCCAUUACACUGGACACUACCAUCCAUUAUGGAUUUUGGAUGGUAUCCAUGUAUUUGGACACUACCAUCCAUUAUGGAUUUUGGAUGGUGUCCAUGUAUUUGGACACUACCAUCCAAUAUGGAUUUUGGAUGGUAUCCAUGUAUUUGGACACUACCAUCCAUUAUGGAUUUUGGAUGGUGUCCAUGUAUUUGGACACUACCAUCCAUUAUGGAUUUUGGAUGGUAUCCAUGUAUUUGGACACUACCAUCCAUUAUUCCUAUGGCCUGACUUGAUACUUGGACCAUUCAUGUACAUAUGGACCAACUACUUAAAUUGGUCAAGCAGUUCACACGAGCAAUAAUUGAUGAAAAUUAUUUUGGUGUAAACAAAUGCCCCCCACAACUUAGUUUAUAAGAACUAAUUCUUAUGAACUAAGUUGUUGACACCAACUAUACUAUAUGCGCAACCACUUGAAGCAGAUGUUGGCUUUAUGUAGCCAUGUCCAAGUCACAUAAGGAAUGUAAUUCCUUCCUGGCCAUGUAAACAAAACACACCAAGAGGUUGUCCCUCUCCAACUCGGCUAAUAAUACAAUUUUUAGCCAAUU